AUGAGCCAACUCCGGCCGAUCCACGGCGCUUGUAAUUGUGGACGCAACCUCUACUCAAUCACAGUCCCCGAGGGUGCGGUGGAACGAGCCGAAGUAUACUUUGACGACAGCAGCGAGAGCAGACGAAGUCAAGCGACUCCGCUGACAGCAUGGCUGCGGGUGCCAUUGCCAUGGUUCGCAUCCGCCACACAAGCCCAUUUCCCCGAUGAAACUCACUCCUCCAUACGGAAGAUAUUCACCCCUCUACACACCCCUCAUUGUCAGCGGGUAUUCUGUGGUUAUUGUGGAACACAUCUCUCGUACUGGACUGAACAACCAGCGUCGGAAGCGGAGUACCUGAGUGUCACACUAGGAAGUCUCCUCACCGAAGACCUAAGAGCUCUACAGGAAUUAGACUUAUUGCCGGGCGACAUUGACUCCGAAGCUCUAGAGUGGCAUCCAAGCCAGCAACAGCGACGAGACACAAGCUCAAGUUCAGCUGUGCCCACACACCGGCCCCAGGAGCCUCAAGAAGAAUCCGCAGCAGUCACACAGGGCCAGCGGAAUGGGAAGACAGGAGGUCUCUCCUGGUUUGAAGAGCUGCUCGAAGGGAGCCGCCUUGGACGCAGGCACAAGACUCGACGGGGCCAUGGCAUUGGCGCUGAUGGCUCAACAAUAGUGGAGUGGGAGGUGUCUGAAGAUUUCGACGACGGGACACAGCUGCACGAUCCAGGCCAGCCAGCGUCGGAUUCAACAAGCUCGAAACGCAAGAUCGAUGACGUGACCCAGGGCGAAAGGGGCGAUGAUGUUACGAUGAAUGGAUAA